UCCGAAGUGGCCUCUAGUCCUGAACUUGCGACGACGCCCGUUGGCCGAGUCCGCGGUUUCUCUCUCUCUCGCUCUCUCCAUGCACACAGCAUGCCUCUAACCUGCGCCUCAUCGCUCCGCUUAACGUUUGCAGGUAUUCCAAGUCUUUGCGCAUUGGAUCUUAUCACAGCAAGAACGAUUGGGUCUAAGCGACUCCUUUGUUAUCCAUCCACAUCUGCAAAACUAAGUGAAACUAUGGAUAUCAAGACAAAAUCUGGGAAGGAAUGUCUGUCGAAAGGUAGCAAAGUGGAAGCUGAUAUCAUUGGGGAAGAUUUGGCUACAAUUGAAAGAAUGAUGGUUCAGGAACUCCGAUCAAAAUUAAGGAGUGUUGGGGUCGCCACCAAAGGUUGUAAGAGCGAUCUCGUGUCUACCUUGAAGGAUUUCCUAAACAGUAAAGUAGAAGGGAAGGGUUCUCCGGUGCUAGAUGGUCAGCAGUUCUCUGGAACGAAAUCUAAGCGAAGUAAAACAGAUACAUUGAAAAGGAAGACUAAGAGUUCAGCUGUAGAAGAGCAUGCUCAGGAGUUAAACUCAGUUUUGGAGGUCUCUGAAAUUCAAUCUACUAAGAGAAGAGUCAAACAGGUCCAAGUAUCUAAUAACAAUGAGGAAGUCAAAACUACCCUUCUGGCAACGUUGGUGUCGCAUAAGCUAUCUAUCAAAGUUGAUGAAGUUUCAGGAAAAGAACCCUCCCGAAUGAACGGAAAACCACACCCAGAAGAUGCUACUGGAGUUGGAGCUUCUGGUGAGGUUAAUCUCCCCGAUAGACCAAAAGGAACCCUGGACAGUUUUUGCCCACAAGAAGCCACAGAAGGGGUGGAAAGUAUACAAUCCCAGGACUAUGAGGCCUCCACCACUAAGUGGUGAUACAAUAUCUGUGAAGUUAAUGUCAUGGAAUGUCAAUGGGUUAAGAGCUUUACUGAAGCUAGAGGGUUUCUCGGCUCUACAACUUGCACAAAGAGAAGAUUUUGAUGUGUUGUGCUUGCAAGAGACCAAAC